AUGUUUGGCCUCGCCCACGUGCUCAUCAAAGACGAGUCUCAGCGCUUCGGCCUCCCGGCCUUCAACAUCCUCGGCGCCGCUGCCAACGCCCAUGGCGUGCGCCUCGUCGCCUGUACCGAUGGCAACUGGGGCCGCGCCGUCGCCCGCAUAGCCAAGUAUCUGGGCGUGCCGGCGAAGAUCUUCGUGCCUUGCAAUAUUGACGCCUCGACGCAGCGCAACAUCCAGAGUGAGGGGGCCGAUGUCCCCGUUGUGCAGGGCGACUAUGAUGAUUCCAUUCGCGCGGUCAUGCAGGAGGCUGAGAAGAGCGGUGCCCUGCUUGUCAUGGAUACGUCCUGGCCGGGCUAUGAGGAAAUCCCAGGUUGGGUAGUCGAAGGCUACACGACCAUGAUCAGUGAAACCGAUUCGCAGACCCUCCCUCUAACUGCCAACAAGCCCGCCACGCACGCCAUCGCGCCCGUCGGCGUCGGCUCCUGGGCGCAGUCAGUGACGGCGCACUGCAAGAGCAAAGCGGCAGGGGACGGGCACGGGGCCGUCAUCGCCGUCGAGCCCACCACCGCCGCAAGCCUGAAGACGAGCCUCGAGGCCGGCGCCAUCACCCCCAUCCGCACCGGCGACACCAUCAUGUGCGGCAUGAACUGCGGCACCGUGUCGACGCUGGCGUGGCCCACGCUGCGCGACGGCGUGGAUGCCAGCAUCGUCGUCGACGACGCAGAGUGCCAUGCCGCCGCGCCGCUGGGCUUGGGCCCGCAGUCUGUCGUCGUGCUGUUCUGCACCGAGGGCGCGAGGCCGUAUGACGUCCCGGCGUAG